UAAAAUAACUUUCAUUUUUGUUGGUAAUAGUCGUGGAUAGUUAACCUAUGUAAGAAACAUAUAAUAGAUCACACAUUUAUUAAAUAAAGAGGUAUUUUCUUUAGGCAUCAUCUACACGAUGUGCGAAAGCACUGAUUGGGGUUUUAGUUGUUUAUCGUUGCUCGCAAUGUGUCAUCGAUGCCAUGCAUGCACGCGGCCCGUGUGAUGAUUGCGAUGAUCUAUGCAGCCUACAUCAUGUAUGGACCACCUGCUGAGUGACGUACUGUUUACUAAUGACCUGGGAGCAAAACGCGGUUUUUGAAAUUAUUGAAAAUUGGAAGCAACAUCAUUUGUGCUCUUACCCAACACUGAAGUUCUUCGUAAUAAGGCCGCUUUUGGCCUGACCUGCUGACGACUGCGACUGGCAAGAGCUAACUGCCCAUGCAGUAGUACCUUGAUCUGUCAGAGUUUGGAUUACGGUGAUGCAAUCAACAGCCUCAGAACCAUCAGAAAUAAACCUGAGCAUCCCCACAUUCAUACCAGAAAGCAAGGGAAGGGAGUUCGCCUUGAAGUUGAAGAAGGACCAAAUUCUGGCAUUUCCAGACAGGCUGAGAGUAGCAAGACACAUCUGUGAGGUUUACGUCAGCACUGCAAUGCUGCACGACUACAUGUAUAGUUGCUCAUUGAAGUCUGCCAUCGUAUCCAAAGAAGAAAAGGCUGAGAAUCUACAGUACAAUGGAUGGUGCUGAGUUGUACUGUUUUGAAGACUUCGAGAGUGAGCUUUCUCCCGGAGACGAUCUUGAUGAUACUCAAGAUCAAGACAACCAUUUUGAAUGGAUGGACCCUUCCAGUACCCCUGGAGAAGAUAAGUUCCGGAUUCGAACUAGAACAGACCUCCCAGAUCAGAGGUCAGGAGUGACUGAGAUCAAGGCCAGUCGGGUUGAACACCAUAUCAAGAAUGCAGAUAAGCGGGAUAACAAUUGGGGUCAUGGCAACAAUCACCACCAACAACAGGAUGGCCGGUUAGAUCAUCCAGCCUUCCUGGGGAAAUCCCAGGGUUAUGGCGAAACAAGGCAGGGUAGUGUCAUUGCCAGCAAACAAAGGGUUUUACAGAGAGGAAGAACCAUUGAUAUCCCUGAAUCAAGCCACGCUGGAGGUCUGGGAUCCAACAGAUUCAGAGCAGGGCACCUGCUAAGGACUCAGUCAACUGAUGAAAGCAAAGAAAUACAUCCUGGUCCAAGGGAUUCACUGAGCUUGUCUGACAGGAGGAUUUCGCAGCAUAUUAAUCAGAGAACUACUAAAGUUACAUGUGUGAAAACAAAUUUUGUUACUGAAAUGGAAACGGGCAACAGUGCCUGUACUAAUGAUGGUAGUGUUCAGAGGGGUGGUGAGGCACCUUUAGAGAGCGCGGCCAUUUCAAAGAAUGUGGAUAAGUUUAGUGUUCGUGCCAGACCGGACUCAAAUCUCCGCAACAAGAAGAUGCGAGAGAUGCCACCUGUUGUGGCAUUGCGACCAGGUCGGUCUGGAAGCCCGCGCAGUUGGAAUUUUGCCACUCAGAGCAUUGUACCUCGAUUUGCCAACAGAGAAGACUCUGAAAUCCUGACUGCUAUCCGAAAGAGCCCAACCUUCAAGGGGCCGAGUGACGAACGCAGAAGACCCCUUGUGACAAACUGCAGUAUUGAUAGUGCCUUAGAGCAGCAAACGAAUGAUGAGCCGUUUAAUACUAACAGUGUCGCUGUUAGUGCCGAUUGUGUUUCAUCUGAGAAGCCAGAGGCAAUCAGUAUUUUUGGCCCUGAAGAUCUCAUAAAAGAUGUCAUUGCUAAAACUGGAUCCAUCAACCGGGAGAUACCCAGUGCUCUUAUGAAUUCGUCAGAGGGGCCCAAAGAAAAAUUUGAAGGACAACUGUGGAGCAUCUCAAGGCAUCAUGUUGCACCAGGUUUACCCCCAUCAGGCAGAGGGAUGAAAGUAGGCCCAACCAAGCCCCUGCGAAGCAAAGAAGCAUGUGUGGCUGAGGAACUGUGCAACUGCAGAGGUUCGAAUGAAAGUGAGAAUACCCAUAAGCCUGUCUGCCGAUCACUGACAGCGCCGUCUAUGUCCGUUCCCCCUGUGGAAGAUGAGGCCAGCAAACCUCUUCCAAGACCAAAACCUCCACUAGGACCCCGGGUUUCAGCACCUUUGUUGGGCAUCUCAAGUGCAGCGUGUUCAAAAAAUCAUCUGAAUUCAUCUGCCCAUGCUCACCGGUUCCCUGACAAUAAGGUCUCAAACAUGUACACCCCCAAAGAAGUCAACGUGAUGAAGGCAUCAGUACAUGAACGCUGGCUGACUGCCUUUAAGAAGGUCAUUAGGAGGAAUGCCCGAUUCCUCCAUGACAUCUCUAAAGGAGCUGCCUGGAGAUUGGAAGAUGAUGAAGCUAGGAAUCCUCCACCCUCUCCCUCCAUUGAUGAUACACCCUUUGCCCGUGCUACGUCACAACCUUACUAUGCAGUAUCACCAAAGUUCAAUGAUGAUGAAAAGUCCGGCAAGAGCAAUGGGGGCAGUGGGCUGGUCAAGCUGGCUCGCCGGCUUAGCCAGAAGGGAGAUAGGAGGGAGAAUAAAGGUGACAAGCCUCCCUGCAGACAGCGCUCCAUCAGCGUGGACAGUAACAGUGAGGACGACCCUAUUAGUUUGGACCACUGGCUGUGGCCCAUUCUAAUGCCUGAGGGCGAUGGUGACACAAUCAUAAAGGCUGUCGGAGAUGUUAGGAAGGCUCACAGCAUGGAGAACCUCCUUCAGCAGACAAGUGACAACAGCAAGGCCUCCUCCAUUCCUCCCUCACCAACUGCCCCCCAGAAGCUGCACCGCAGCUGGUCGGCCAAGAAGCGGAGCAGCAGCAACACGGAAGUGGACACUGGGGCUGGCAUAGGCAAGGACAGGACCAAGAGAUACUCUAAACAGAUGACAGAUAGCCAAGCAUUAUUCGAUGCAGUGGAACACCAAGACUUAGACACAGCCAGGCUCAUACUGGAAACCAACGGACUGGAUGUCAACCAGGUCAAUGAGGAUGAAUUUACAGUGCUGGACAUUGCUGUCAUGACCAACAACAUGCCCAUGGCCAGACUGCUGCUGAGCUGUGGUGCAAGAGAAAACCCGAGAUUUCUUAUGAAAGAUGCUAGAGCCAGCAAACUCAACACACUAAUAAACGAGGCAGAAAUGCGGGUACAGGAGAUGACGUCUCGUCUUGUCAACAUCGGGCUGAACAGUGCUACAGGUCCCACAGGCUCCUCCAAGGAUCUUGAGAAGCAUUUGCGCGACUGGGAGUGGAGGUUUCGACUGCUGAAAAGGAUGAAGGCUGGCUUUGAGCAUGCAAGAGUGCCUGACCAUCCAGCCUGUGUCACACUCAGCACAGCCAGCAGCACUUCAUUACAAGUCCGAUUUGAAGAACCUCUCAAUGCUAAUGGGGCUGCCGUAACCAGAUACAAAAUUGAAUGGAGUUGUUCAGAGGAUUUCUUCCCUCCAGCUGGAGAACACAUUUUGUAUGAUGUGAGGUAUCCAUCCUACCGAAUACAUGGUCUUAAACAGGGUGUAAAGUACUAUGUCAGAGUUUCGGCUUUUAACAUGAAGGGUUUUGGCCCAUCACAAGCACCCACCCCACCUUUUGCAAUACCAUCAUGUUGGAGGGACAUGCAUGGCAAUAAGUCGCGUUUCAGUGGCCGCCUCAACAUGAUCGACGACUUGUUCCAGCAGGUCCGAGACACCAGACCCACCGACUCUGGCGAAAUCAAGAGAAGUUCACCCAGAGCAUCUCCAAAUCAGGUCCGACGGACUGUGAAAAAGAGCCUCAAGAAUUUCUUCCAGUCAGCUCCAAAGUUUCAGAAACAUUUAAAAAGAGGAGUGUACCUGGCUUCAGUGAUGUACAGUGAUGACAAGGUCCUUGUAACUAAUGAAGACCAACUCCCCAUUGUGGAGGUGGAUGAGACCUUCUCCAGCAGCAUCCAUCAAGAUUUUCUUUGGUUCUUGAAGGUUGCAGGUACGUGGGAAGAUGUGGACCUCCUACGUUCUGACCUGGAGAGGACUAGUGGUUCCUCCCCAGCCAUCCUUUUCCGUGCCAGGCUUCUCCAGGCAGCAUCUCUCCUCCAGUCAGCCCUGGGCACCCAGGACCUGGGCCAGGUCUUCUACGAGCCUAUCCGAGAUAGCCAUGGUAUCAUCAUCAUCACCAUUGUAAACCAAAUCAGGGACCAACGGGUAAUGCAGACGAUGUCAUCUCUGAAAUGGACCAAUAUAAAUCGCAUACAGAAACGAAAGUCAGUGAACAUGGACAAUCCUUCAGCUGCAGAGAUGCUGCUAGCCUCGUUGCCUGAGAAGAUCUUGUACCAUCAAGUGAGCGGCAUCAAACUCACCAAGGGUUUGUACCUAGGCUACUUGAAACUCAGGAGUUCAGUGGACACAAUACGAGUCCAAGUCCCUGAGAAGCUGCCCAGCGUGCUGCCUCAUGUCAAGCUGAGGGACAACCCUAAUGUCUCUCAGGAAGAGUGGGAGUGGCUGCAUACAUUGGACAAUUGCCAGUCCAAGAGAAAUCCCACCAAGAUCCAGGAGGAUUUCCAGCACCUCCUGGCCACAGGGACGAGGAAACUGCUGGUCAAGAUGGGUGUUAGUGAGGAAGAAUCAUUGACGUACAGACUGUGCGACCUGGAAGUCAUUGAGAUGAACGAACAGGUAUCUGUUGUGCUGCUGUUCCCACCAUCUGGAAGUGUGUGUCUUGGCCCAGGGACAUCCGAUGAGUGGAUUGUCAGCAAAGACUACAUAUCUAUCCCUGUGCCUGUCUUUGAAAUGGUUCACAUGACUACCUACCAAUCUGAGUUCAUCCGUCGCUUCACCCGACUCUCCUCCAUCCUGGAUAUUGACUCGCUGAUUGCUCAGCAGACUCUGAGGGAAGCCUUCUCCACAGAUGAGGUCAAUGAUGCCAAGCAGAGGUUGCAGCAGGUGCUUGACUACCAGCAGGAGUUAGAGACGACUUGGAAAGGAAUGCGAUGGAUCAUGGAUGUCCUUCAGUAUGCGCGAGAUAAGCAGCUACGAGGGGGUGUGCCCCUCUCAGUCCUCUAUGCACCUCCGCCAUCACCAGUGGACUCUCCCAUGGAUGUCAUCAGCGACAUGGAAAAGAUAUUUGAUGCAGAAAAAGACAAGUCCACCCUACAGAUCCCCAACAAUGGCCAGACCCAGCCCAUGCAAUUCUUGAAUCCCAGCAAGGAGACCAAACCUUCUACCGGUAUCCUCAGAGUCUUCCCUGAUUACAACUCAGGUCUCGCAAAAGGAACAAGUAUCAAGUUGCACGUCACCAGUAAAACUACGUGUCGGGAGAUUGUAAACUUAGUCAUCCAGCAGCUGAACAAGGCCGUAGAAUCCCAUGGUCUGGACUCACCACUCUAUCUAGAGGACCAGUGGAGCGAGUUCUGCCUUGUAGCCAUCAUCAGCAAUAAGGAGUACCAGCUCCGGGAUGACCACUGCCCUUUACAGCUACAGAACCCCUGGACCAAAGGCCACCUGUAUGUGCGGACCAAAGACAACACAGGGAACCUGUUAAGCAUGGGACCAUCCACAGCAGUGUAACAUACUGGUAUGAAUCAAGAUAAUUCAAAAACAGACUUCAGGUUAACACUGAAAGUGGUAGACGAAAAAAAAAACUCUUAUUGCAUUUAGUUGACACUUGUUGGAUCAAAAUUUAAGUGUUUUUAUUUUUGUAAGUUAUAGUAAUUAUAUGUUCUGUUCAACAGUGUAACAGAUGAAAGAAAUGAAUUGCAGCCAGAGCAUGAUCCCAAAGGGCAUUCAUUUCAUAUUUUACUUCUUUUUGUGUGUGAUAAGAUUUGACAUGACCCACGGUAAACAAUACAAAUGCAGCAUGGAUAUUAAAUUUUUUGGGGCCACACCUUAUCUGUUCAGCUCUGAUUUUUCGGCACAAAAUUUACACAAAAAGAAAUUUCUGUUUGUGCUGCACCGGGGUCCAUUGCUUCCAUGAUUUAAAGGUACAUUCAGAGAUACAUCCACAGGAAGCUGAAGGGCUGUGACAUUGUUUAUUUUAGAUAGUGGCCUUGUAACUUUACCCUUUCAUGAACAAACAACCAAACAACCUUUUAUAGAAUGCACUGAAUAGUUCUCUCCAUGUCAGUGACUUUCAACCCACUUUCUGAGUAUUAUCUAAUAUAUUUAGAAUUUUUAACUGUAAUAAAUACAUACUUUUUAGUGCCCUUUUAGGAACAAGCAAACAUGAAUGUCAUCAAGAAUUCAACGAAUAACUGAUUCUAUAAACCUUCUCAAUAAUGAAGGGAGCUCAUGCAUGUGGAUGGUAGAUGGACCAAGAUAAUACAUGUACAUUGCUAUUUGCAAUUUCAAAUCUGGUUUCCAUAUUGACACCAAGAGACACAGAGAGCACUGCCAAUCAAUCCCCGGGGAUAUGCAAAGAUAUAGAAACACUUUAUCAUGACUAAUUGACGCAAACAGUCAACUGAAUCAGGUUCAACAUUGAGUCGUCAGUAUGGACCUAUACAAAUAUGCACUCUGGCACGACUCUCAUUUUGCCCACUAUUACUGACAUAUGCAGCCCAAAUUGUCAACAAAAUAGAUGAGCAUGAACAAAAUACUCCAAACUGUACUGCCGGUUUGGCUUCAAGAGGUGGUAUUGCCGACUAAAAAAGCAUUUUAUCCGAAAAAAAUUCUAGAUUUUGGAUGCCUUUCUGUUUAAUUUUCUGGAACGAUGUCACACAGUGUCUGUUCCAGGACUGUCUUCAUCUUGAUGUCUUGUGUGCCGUUGGCGUUCAUUACAACCAUAUGGAAAUUAGGUUUUAUGCUGAUGAUGACUUUUCACUGACUAUCAGAGGAUUACCUCAUGAAUGGAGAAUUGAUGUACUCGUGGUGAAAAAUUCAAGUGUCCUUUUUGAACAAUCUGUUUAACGUAUAUGGCAUGGUCAGAAAUAAGUCAAACAAUUAUGUGGGCAAUGUGCUUCUGGUAAACUUUUCAAGGUAAUCUUAAAACAGUGUGAUGCAAGUUCACGGUAAUGGUGGUUUGGCAAAGACAUCACUCUGUUCUAGUGACUUAAGUCCGAUGCUUAUCGGUGGGGUUGGGUGUGGGUUAAAAGAAAGUAGCAAAUAAAACUUUAGCAAGUUGUGUGUUGUUGAAAUAUGUCAUGCCCAUUCAGUUCACAAUCAUCUGAGAGUUAGUUGUUUUCACUCAUGCUAAAGCAAAAAGUUACAACCAGUUAGGAAAAUUACUUUUAAAAUGUUUGUGAGAUUUUAUGGUAUAAUUUUAACCCAAACAUGGUCUAGAGUGCAAUAUCCACAAGAGUACCGUAACCAUUUUGUGAAAGUAAGACAAUGUUUUAUACUAUACAGAUUGCAUAGUUGAAAUUCACCUGUUUCACAUCCCCAUAACUUAUGCAUGUACAAGUACUUCCAGAAUAUGAGAUGAUGUAGCAGAUUUCAGAUUGGAAUUCUUCAAAGGACUUCUUCCCUAAAUUUUCAAAAUGUUUCUUGUAGUCUGUUCAUUGGAAGUGAUAGUUUGUUUCAGAAAAAGUCUUUGCAUAGUUGUACCUUUAUGUCUUUACAAAACACAAAGUCUGGAAAGACCAAACUGAUUCUUGACCCAAGUGGUUAAUAUUUUACCUUGAAGGGACCUUAUGGGAUCAAGGUGCUUUUUUACUAUCGGAUAUGAGUGUGCUUGAUCAGUUACUGACAGGGAAUGCAUUUUGCAAUUGUUAUAAGGUGUACCAAACAGACCAAAAAAUAUUUGUAACAUAAUUUGGAACAGUUUCAACAUAAAGAUGCUCUGUGCCAGUAGUAGUAUGCAUGUAGCUACAAAUUACGCCAGCUGUGAUUUCUCUCUUUUUUUCCAGCAAGGGUCGGGUUCUUUUUAUGUCUGUACUCUGGCAGGUCUAAAUAAAUCCAGUGUAUCUCUUGUUUUAUUACUCUAAAUAUAAGUGGUGUUGAAUUUAGCCACUUUGAUUAUUUGGAGAUUGGGAUAGGCAGAAAAGACAGCUUUGAACAAUCAGUUGUCAGCAAUAGCAGCAAAAUCUUAAAAAGCUGUCCAUUUUCUUCUCCAGAUCUGAGAUUUGUAAUUGAUGAAAGAAUUCUGGUUAAGAAAAUAAGCUGAUACAAAAGUGUGGUCAGUUUUGAAUUUUUAAACACCACGUGUGGAUGUGUGGAUUUUAUUAUUCUUUAGCCCAGGCGAUGAACUUAGUGCAAUAGUGCUAGUUAUUUAUUAGCAGAGUUCACCUUUUAGCUGAGAUAGUGAAGCUUUUUCUCAAUAUAAAUUGCCACAAACUUUUGAGUACCAAAUCUUGUAACUUGCAAUUAUGUGUAGUCCAUCCCUCUUGGCUGUGUCAAUUUGAAUUCUGAUCAUUUAAAAUACUCACUGAAGUAUAUCUUUCUCGCUCUUAGAAGAGUUGCUGUUUUGUGCUGAAGACCAGCCUAAGAAGUUUAUUUGUGAUACGAAAUGAAUAUUCAUGCCAUUAAGGUUAUCAUUUAUUGAAAUAAUCUAGUGCACUCUCAGAAAGAAGAAUGUCGGUAAAAAUUUACAUAUCAUUUAAAGACUUCAAAACGAGAGUUGAGUUUCAGUUAAUUGCUCUGCAUAAUGCUGUUUGCUGGUCCAUAUAAAAUAAGGGGCUAACUUUUGUGUUUAUUGUUUGUAGUUUGAUCAGUUUUGUUCUUUUAUUGGUUUUUUUUGCAGAAAAGGGUGCGUACCAUUUAAUGUAAUUGUGGAAACAGAAACAAGUGUGUUUUUUUUUAAACGUCAGGACAAAUUUUUCCUAUUUUGCUAUUUGCAUACAGUUAGAAGGGUCAUGUCUUGUGGUCCUGGGAAGAGAAUCGGUUUCUUUGCUAGAUAGUAAACACUAAAAUCAAUCAGUGUGCAGCCCUGUGAAACUUACAUUUCUCUGUUAAGUCAUCCUUGGCCUGGUAUUUUUUUGUAUUUUUUCCCUAAAUAUGACAACAAAGCCACUGUCGGGGAACCAUUGUCUUGCUUUAAAAGGGACCUUGCUAUGGAAACUGAAACAUAAUUUGCUGUAGUAUUUUUUGGAUACCAAAAUAUACUUUGAGCUAUAAGAUGUUAGUUUUAAGGGCAAUUUUCAUACUUUUUUCUAAUUGCCUAGCAACUGUGCCCUCUCUAUAUAUUCAGAUAUCUUAUUCGCAGAAUGAAUCAGGGUUUAGAACAGUGUAAUCAGUCUUGUUGAACAAAAUAAACAAAGAUUAAACAAAAAAGUCAUCAAAUUUUUAGAUACAAAUUGUAUCAGUAAUGGAAGAUUAAAUAAAUUCAAUUCAUGAACUUCCUACCUUUUUUGAGUGCAAAAGUAACAUUAUGUGUUCCCAUUGUGAAAGUUAGAUACUGUAUUGUAAUAUUUAAUAUACAUGUACAUGUACUGUUCAUGUAAAGGAUACAUUCAUUCAUUAAAAAGUUGUAUCAUAGGAUGUAAAUAAAGAGUUGGCACAAUUUGAUUUAAGCAGUUAAAACGUAAAUUGUACAGAGGAUAUUUAUUAGAGAAGCACAUGACAAAAUUCAAUAAAACUAAUGAUUUGUGUGCGAUUUUAUGAAGACUGGAAA